GGUCGCGGCGGACGUCGCUUCCGGAGCAGCAUGGCGGCCACUGAGGACGAGAGGCUAGCAGGGAGCGGUGAGGGAGAGCGGCUGGAUUUCUUGCGGGAUCGGCACGUGCGAUUUUUCCAGCGCUGCCUCCAGGUUUUGCCAGAGCGCUAUUCUUCACUCGAGACAAGCAGGUUGACAAUUGCAUUUUUUGCACUCUCUGGGCUGGAUAUGUUGGAUUCCUUAGAUGUGGUGAACAAAGAUGAUAUAAUAGAGUGGAUUUACUCCCUGCAGGUCCUUCCCACAGAAGACAGAUCAAAUCUAAAUCGCUGUGGUUUCCGAGGCUCUUCAUACCUGGGUAUUCCGUUCAAUCCAUCAAAGGCUCCUGGAACAGCUCAUCCUUAUGAUAGUGGCCACAUUGCAAUGACCUACACUGGCCUCUCAUGCUUAGUUAUUCUUGGAGACGACUUAAGCCGAGUAAAUAAAGAAGCUUGCUUAGCAGGCUUGAGAGCCCUUCAGCUGGAAGAUGGGAGUUUUUGUGCAGUACCUGAAGGCAGUGAAAAUGACAUGCGAUUUGUGUACUGUGCUUCCUGUAUUUGCUAUAUGCUCAACAACUGGUCAGGCAUGGAUAUGAAAAAAGCUAUCACCUAUAUUAGAAGAAGUAUGAUACAUCUUCAGGGUAAAUUUCUGGUAGUGGAAUUGCUUGAUCAAAAGUCCUAUGACAAUGGACUGGCACAGGGAGCUGGACUUGAAUCUCAUGGAGGAUCUACUUUUUGUGGCAUUGCCUCACUAUGUCUGAUGGGUAAACUAGAAGAAGUUUUUUCAGAAAAAGAAUUGAACAGGAUAAAGAGGUGGUGUAUAAUGAGGCAACAAAAUGGUUAUCAUGGAAGACCUAAUAAGCCUGUAGACACCUGUUAUUCUUUUUGGGUGGGAGCAACUCUAAAGCUUCUAAAAAUCUUCCAAUACACUAACUUUGAGAAAAAUAGAAAUUACAUCUUAUCAACUCAAGAUCGCCUUGUAGGGGGAUUUGCCAAGUGGCCAGACAGUCAUCCAGAUGCUUUGCAUGCAUACUUUGGGAUCUGUGGCCUGUCACUAAUGGAGGAAAGUGGAAUUUGUAAAGUUCAUCCUGCUCUGAAUGUAAGCACACGGACUUCUGAACGCCUUCUAGAUCUCCAUCAAAGCUGGAAAACCAAGGACUCUAAACAAUGCUCAGAGAAUGUACAUAUCUCCACAUGACUGAUUUUAGAUUGGGAGGGUGGGGGGAUUUGUAGCAUAACUGUAGCUCAAGUUUAAAAGCCAUGUAUAACCAAGUGUGCUCUUUUUUUAAAAGGUAGAGUCUUACAAUCAAAUCUCCUGCUGAUGUCACUUUGGGAUAUGGUCUUGAGCCAGUAAUCUUUAUACUGGGUUUCAAGAAAAUCUUUGUUGAAGUUUGAACCACAACUUUGUCGUGGUUCUUAAAUGUUUAUACCGUAUUUCUAAGAAGUUGUUCGAGGCAAAUUAACUGUAUGUGUGUAGGUUAUCUUUUUAAAAACUCUUCAGUGCAAAUUGUAUCUUAUUAUAAAAUGGACACAAAUUUUCAAGUUUCCACUUCAUAUAGCAUUGAUAAUCUUCAGGUGAACACUUAGUGAUCAUUUAAAAAGCUCACUGCUGGUGGUAGAAAAUUUGCUUUAAUGAAUUAAGUAUCUGAGAGUAUUCUUUGAAAACAGAUGACCAUAAUUUUUUUUAAAGAAGAGUGAAUUAUUCUGUCUUAUUCUUAAGUAAAGUGUGCCAAUUAAACCUGUGUGGCCUAUAUAAAUGAAAUUAAUAACUUCAUAGUAAGAAUAAAUAGGUUUAACUAAUGUGAUAGUUUUCUAAAAGGAGAUUGUUUGAAGACAACUAUUAUGUAACUGAGGGAAAAGCAACUUAACUGUAUGUGAUUGUGAAUGAGAAAGUUUUGUGCUAUGUGGGUCAUUUAUUUAGACGUUGCUGUGGUGAAUGCCAGUUAUGUUUGAUUUUAUUCUCAAAUCAUUAGUUGCCUUUUUUUUUUUUUUUUUUUUGCUUUCUAGGAAGAAAACAAUCUUUUUUAUCUAGAAGGAAAGAUACUUUGUGUUUUCAUUUUUAGCCAUUUGAAUUUUUUAAUUUGUUGCCCCAGUGUGUUAGCUGCUCUAAUUUCAAAAUAAUACUUUUCUAAUUUUUUUCAAAUUAAAUAAGUAAAAAAAUACAAAAACAGAACCAUUCAAACAGAUUCAGUGGUGUAACUCUAUACAUGGUCAUUUUUAUACUCAUAUUUUCAGGUAGGUGAAAGGGAAAUGCGACCAUUUAGAGGGUAAGAAAUACGGUUUUGUUUUUGUUCAUUGUUUUGUUUUAAGUCUAUGAACUAGCUAAUUAUAAAGGAGGUAGUAUAAAAACUCUUCCUUAGUAAUUAAUUUAUCAAUAACUCAUAUCCAUUACUUGCUCAGUGACAUUCAGAACUAUGAGUCUAGUACUGAAAUGGGAAAAUAAAUCUCUUCACUAAAGGAGUUGGCUUUAAGUUAGUCUUGGUGAUAAUAAAUGUUGAAAUACAAGUAUCAGUAUAAAAACUGGAUUACUGGUAUCACUGUUUAGGCAUUGUAAUAUUUUAAGUGUUAUCUUUUUUUCUAAAUCAGAGGAAAAAAAUGUUGUGAAAUAACAGUCCUUCCCAAGGGAAACACUAUGUACUUGGAGAAAUGAUUCAUUUACUAUUGGCAUGCUUAGUUUUAAACCUGAGUUUGCCAACUGUAUGUUUUUUAAUUAGAAAUAAAAUAAAUCUUCUGUUGGUGGGGGAAAAAGUAAGCUUAAUAACAGAUGUUAUCCUUCUAUGGGUUAUUCCAGUUGCUACUAUUUAAAUCCUGGCAGAUUAAGACAUCUGUAUCUCAAACUAAAUCAUCUCUUAGACACUGGAAGUUGAAGUAGCAUAUAUAUAAUGGUUUUAGGACUACAUAAAAAGCCCAAAUUGUUUUUUCUAUAUCACCAAGAAAGAUUAGAAGGCAAUAAAGGUAGUAACAGUGACUAUAUUCAUAAAUGUAAGUUAGAGAAAAAUUCCAAUCUAAAAGUAUUUCAUAAGGCUAAAUAUUUUCUAACUCCUUAUAAUUUAAUAUCAUAAGAUUAUAAAUUUUAGUAUGCUUCUAAUUGAUAUACUUGUGGGAGACUUUCUUGUGAAACUUUAUGGACUAAUAAAUAUUCACAUUCCACAGCAACUGAAUUGACCAGAAAAUAGCAGGCCAGUGUGAACUGUGGAGAAACUAUUUCUAACUUUUCUAAAUAGUUAUUUACAAGAAAAGUAUUUAUCGAUUAAAUAAAUUAUAAGCAAUAUUUCACAUAUACACUUUAUUCCUUAGCAGGAGUGAUAUAAUGAGGGAAAAUAUGAAGUCUGAAAUCUCAAAAAGCUCUAUUUCCUACUCUAUACUUGUCUCCUUCCCGCCCCCUAAUUUUGUGGUAUUUUUUUUUUAGAAGGUAGGAGGUGGAGCUUUAUUUUGAGCAUCUGCAUACAGAUGAGAUUAAUCAGAUCAUAUGGCAUAAUUUAACCUGUUUAUCAUUUCAGUGUUUUUAGAGUUGAUCUAUAAUAUAUAUGUGUUAUUAGAUCUUUAAAUAGUUAUUUAUAUUUAAUCUAAAUUCAUAUAGAAAUCUUGCUGACAGUGGUAUAUAAUUUGAAAACUGUUGGACCUGAUCAUUUUUGAGAGACAGUUACUGAGGAGGUGCUCUGGAAUCGGAUGACCUGGGUUUAAAUCCCAGAUUUGCCAGUUCAGCAGCAUGAUCUUGGACCCUAAUUCUGCCAUGGAUAAAAUAAGGAAAAUAGGUAAAACCUAACACACAGAGUUUAGGAUUAAAUGAGAUAAUACAGAUAAAGCACUUAGGAUAGUACCUGGAAUACAGCAAAUUUCAAAUUAUAGGUUCUUUAUAAUGACCAUAAAAUUAUUUUUGUAAUUAAAACCUCUCUUCUACAACAGAAAGAGGUCUUAACAGUUUAACCUCAGGGAAAAUGAUGACAACAGUGUUGUUUUCUAAUCUCCCCAUAAGAAUACAGAGCAACUAGGAUAGCCACAGACACUAUUACAAUGCUAGAUGACAAGGUAUCUCUAUGAACUUCAAAAUACAACUAAGUGAGGACAAACCACUGAACCACAUAGUUUCAGUAUCUGUGGGAGGAAGUAGAAGGAAGGCAGCUGGUUUCUGACAGCUUUGCAAAUUGGAGAACUACAACACUGCCCACAGUCUCACUACAAAGUGCAGUGGGCCAAUCUAAGAACAGACACUGAAACUGGGAAGUGACUACAGAAUCCCAUUUGCAGAUGAAUGUUAAAGCAAUAUGAUAAGGUCUGCUGAUUGCAUUAGAGCAGUCUGGGUUUUACACUGUGUACCUCUUGAAGCUUAUGAGACAAAGCCCAGCACUGAGGACAAACUUCUAGAAUUAGAAUCCAAAUGGGCAGGAUGGGUAAAAUAGGACAAAAGAAAGAAGAUCUAGAUAAGUAUUGGGAAGAAAGGCCAAGAUACAGAGACAUUAUAUAUAUAUAUGUAUUUUCUUAUAUAUAUAUUCUUUUAAAUCACUGUGAAAAUGGGAGCUCUAAGGCUGUGAAGUCAUCCUAGAGCCACUCCUCCCUCCUAAAAGUACAGAAAAACUUGUUUCAGUUAAGGGAAAAAAAGAGUAACUGAGCCAGGAUUACAGUCCAACUCCAGUCAAAGUUAGUAUAAGAAAUAAGAGAAUAAAUAGAUCAACAUCCUCACAGACAAUGAAAGCACACCGGAAGGACAUGACCACAAGAUAGAUAAAAACCUAAUAUUUGCCAAAAAAUAAAAUGCAAAUAUGACAGGAAAUUUAUAGCAAUUAGUACAAUUAUCAGUAAAAGUAGGAAAAGGUGAAAAUUAACCAAGUACCAAACACUUCGAGUAAAAAGCAAAAUAAAGCAGAAGGAAGGAAUUAAUAAAAGCAAAAAAUAAUUACUAGUAGAAAACCAAAACAAUAGAGGCAAUAAUAAAUCCAAGUUGGUGAUGGGUAGUGCGGGGAGUUGAGUGAGAUAAACUACCAGCUAACCUACUUAAGAAAAAAAGGAGGAAGCACAAAUACAAAAAUUUAAAUGACAAGGGGGAAAUAGUAAAACAGGAAAUUUGUUUAAAUUGACUAUUUUGAGCAAUUUUACACAAUAAAUUCAAAAACUAUUUUGAGAAAAAUGCAAAUUGCCAAAAUUUACUCUAGGUAGAUAAAGUCACAACAAACCAAUUACCAUAGAAGAAACAAAUAGUUAAAAGUACCCCUUACCAAAAGAAGCACCAAGCCCAGAUUGUUUCAAGGGGAUUUCUACCAAACCUUUUAAGAUUGAAUAAUCCCGUUCUUGCUUAAACAAUUCCAGAGACUAGGAAGAGAAUCUUGAACCUCAAAGUGCCAAAAAAAAAAAAGAAAAAAGAAAGAAAAACUGCUAAAUUCAUUGUAUAAAGUGAAUGUAAUAGCAUUGAUUCAAAAACCUGACAAAGAUUGUACCAAAAAGAAAAUUAUAGAGCAAUCUCAUGAAUAUUAAUAAAAAGAUUUAAUAACAUUAGCAAACAAUCCAACAGCACUUUCAAAAGGUAAUCAUGACUAAGUUGGGUUUAUUGUAAGAAUGCAAGAGUAAUUCAAUACUAGAUAAUCUGUUAAUAUUCAUAUUAAGAGUUAAAAAAUAUCUUCGUCUUUGCAGAAAAGACAUGAUAGAAUUGAGCACUCACUUGUGUUAAAUAUACCAAGUAGAAAUUGAUGAAUAAUCCAUUAACAUUGUACCUCUACCUAAAAGCCAGCAUCUUAAAUUUCAAAGCAAAAGAGACUUUCCAGCUGAAGUCAGGAACAAGACAUGCCCACUAACUCCUCUGCUAAACAAUGUGUUGAGAGUUAUAGCCAAUAAAGUUAGACAGAAUAAAGACGUGAAUUGGAAAGGAAGAGGUAAAACUAUUUGCAGAUAUGAAUAUGUAUCUAGAAAGCCCAAAGGAACUUGUUGAAAAACUAAACAAUAAAAGAACUUAGUAAAGUAGCUAUUAAAUACAAUUUACAUACAAAUAUCAGUAGGCUUCACCAGACACAAGUGCAUACUUUGAUUCCAUUUCGGUGAAGUUCAAAACAGACAGCAUUUAUGUAUGGUGUCAGAAAUCAGCACCCCCUUUCAGUCACUACCUCUCUUCCCAAAGGUAAGCACUAUCAAAAUCACCAUCAAUUAGUUUUGUCUGUUUUUGAAUUUUGUAUGAGUGGAACCAUAUAGUAUACAUUAUUUUUCAACUGGCUUUAACUCAGUAGGACUGAAAGAGGGUACAAAGGAGACUUCUGUGGUGCUGGUAAUGUUCUGUUUCAUGAUCUAGGUGCUGGUUACGUAGGUGCAUUCACCUUAUGAAUAUUUAUCAAGCUCUAUAUGAUUUGUGCACUUUAUGUAUAAUUAUAGCUCAAUAAAAAUGUUUACUGAAAAGAGUAACAAGACUAUAUAUAUACAUGUAUAUGCAAACCUAAACUAGUUAGAAGAUACUUGAAGAGAAGACCACCUUUGUGAUAGCGAAAGUAAAAAGAAAGCUUAAUGUGUAAAUUUAAGAUACAUCUAAAAUCUGUAUGAGGAAAACUAAAAAAAACUCUUGAGAGACAAAAAUUUAGAUUCCACCAAAUGAAAAGAUACAUGAUAUUCUUAGAUAGAAAGACAACAUCAAAACAUGUCUUUCCCCACUUAGGUUCAUUUAUAAAUUCAAUGCCAUUCCAAUAAAAAUUGUAUUGUCAUUUGAGAGAACAUACUAGAAUAACCAUGGAAACUGAAAAGAAUUAGAGGGGACCAGCCAUAUCUGACACUAAAAGAUACUCUAAAUCCUCCAUGGCAGAAGCUAUCAGAAUUUUUUUAAUGUGCAUACUUUUUGGCCCAGAUACUCUGUAUCUAUAGAUUUAGCAUAAAGAAACAUGCAAAUAGGCAAUGAUACAUUUUCAAGGAUCUCACAGCCACAUUUUUGUAAUUGUGAAAAAUAAGACACUGAUUAUGAUACGUUUAUGUAACUCAAUACUAUGCAACUGUUAAAGUAUGGAUAUUGGAAGGCAUUCGUAAUGUUGAAUAAAUGAAAAGUUUUGUAUUGGUGCAUAAAUAGGAAGUCCAAUGGAACAGAACAGGAAUUCCAGAAAUAGACUCAGUGGCAUUUAGAAUACAGUAAAGGCAGCAUCUCAAGUUAGUGAGAAAAUGAACUUUUAAGUAAGUGCUAUUGAGAUUACUGGUGCUUAAUUAUUCAGAUAUUUACAUUUUUAAAAAAUAUAUAGCUUAUUUCACUUUGAACCUUUUAUUUUUAAAAUGGACAUUUAGUUUUAUAAUUUAAAGAAAAAGUGAUAGUUCUCUCCCCAUCCCAGCCUAUACUAUACCCACAGCCUAUACUUCCUGGAGGUAAACACCACUGUUGCAUACAUCUUUCAGACCUUUAAUCUCUGUAUAUAGAGAGAAAAAAAUAGAGAAUAUUCUUUAAAUAUCUGUACUUUUAAGUAUUACUCAUCCCAAUACAAUAUAUACUUAUAUAAAUAGAUACACGUAUAUAUACUAUACAUAAAGAUCUGAGGUACUAAAUAUUCCGUGGUAUUUUUUUCAUUCAACAAUAUAUUAUGAAUGCCUUUCAAUAGCCAUACUUUAAUAGUUGUGUAGUGUCACAUUGCAUAAAUGUAUUAGGUCAGUGUAAAAGUAAUUGCACUUUUUACCAUUUUAAUGGCAAAUGAGACACUGAUUAUAUUUAAUCAGUGCCUUAUUUUUCACAACUACAAAAAUAUUGCCAUGAGAUCCUUGAAAAUGUAUAAUUGCCCAUUUGCAUGUUUCUUUAAAUUUAUAGAUAAGGAAUUACUGGGGCAAAAAGUGUGCACAAUUUAAAUUUGAUGUUUUUGUUUUUGCCAAACUGCUUUUUAAGAAGUUGUACUAAUGCACACUUUUAUCUUGACACUAAGAUUUUAAAUAUGAUCAGAAAAUGGGUUUCUGAUAGUAAAACUGUCUACUUGUAAUAAUUGUGGUAUUAGAGAAGAAUUUUGUGGCUUCGUUCCUCAAACUCAUUUACAAAUUAUAAAUCUGAGUUCCAAAUAUGAAUUAACUCACGCAAGAUCUUUAACAAUUAGUAGCAGUACUGUAACUAGAGUGCAUGUUUUCUGUCUCCAGAAAUAACAUUCUUUUUAUGCCACAUUUUUUUAAGUGAGGUGAUCAUUCUCCACCCUCUUCUUUCCAUGUUUUUCCAUGUUUGUUCUAACUUUUCAUUUAAUAUCUUGAGGCUCUAACUAAAUUAAGGGUGGCCCUUAAAAGUGUAUGUGGGAUUCCCUGAACCAACUGGUAAUGCACUACUAGCAUAUAAGGUGUCCUCAUUAAAGCAGUUGGUGAUUGGUACCUGGGACCUCACUCAUGUAUGUUUGCAUCUACUUGUGAGUCAAAAAGUUUUCUUAAAGUAUGGGUGGGAUCAUGAAAGACAUAUAAUUCACUGGAGAAAUUGUGAAAAAGUAAAAGAUCAUGAAUUUAGGCUCGAAGCCAAUUUCCCUCUCAUUUAAUCCUACAUGAGCAAGUCAAGGAGUUUGGUAGAGCUUUAUGAAAUCUCUAAAGAUGGAAGGAAAACAAUCACUAAAAUCGAUUUGAUAAAGUGCAACUAAGUAGUAUGCUAGCCUGUUAAUGGAUUUUCAUCUUGUCAUUUAAGUUUCAGCAAUUGAGUACCACACUAGAACACCCACAAAUGAGAUUCUGUUACAGAGUAUCUUUUUUCUGCUACAGAACAUACUGUAGACAAUUAUUCAGUGGUUAGCAUGUAGAAAUAAUCAGAAGAUGCUUUUCACUUUUAUGACUUGAUGCAUUUUAAUAUUUAUCAUAUUAAGAGAAACUUAGGUUACUUACAACUCAUAAACGUUGCUAUGAACAUCAUUCAUUUAUUCACUUAUUUAUUUUUAUGGUGUUCCUAGAAAGAAAUUCCUGGACUAAAGGAUUUAUGCUUUAAAAAUAUUGGUAGUUACUGCCAAGAAUUGCCGUCCAGAAACAGUGUAGCCAUUCAUAAACUCAACAAGAAGGUAUGAGAGUGCCUGUUUCCUCAUAUCCUUUGUGACACUGGAUUUUAUCAAGCUUAAAGUUUUUUCAUUCUAGGUGGGUGAAAAUGGUAUUCCGUUUUUGAUAAUGUGUGGAAAUCAAGUUCUAAUAAUUUGGGGGGAGGUUAAUUCUUUAUAUGUGCUGUGUGAAUUAAUGCCAACUGUAUGCCUGUGAGAGUGAAAUCAGAAUAAUGUCUCUCCACUAAAGCAGGACUUAGACCACUAGUUUUCCAAAUGUGGUCUACAGAUGGAAACAUCAGCAUCACCUGGUACUCGUUAGAAAGUGCAGAUUCUCUGGCAGUACCUUAGACCCCUGAAUUAGAAACUUUGGGGAUAGGGUUAGACAUUGGUGUUUUAAACAAGCCCUCCAAGUGGUUUCAAUGCACACUCAAAGUUGAGAACCAAUCACUGAUAGAGAAAAAGCAGCUUGGGUAGAAACAGUUGAUUAUUUGCAAAUUAUUUUAAAAAGAAAGGAUUCUUAACAGUAAGCUCUGUAUAAUUCAACAAUGUGAUCUUUACUCCUACCCCCAAAAAACUAAUAUGGUUUUAGUGUGUGGUAGCAGGAUCGAAAACAUAAUAAAUACUCAGAUAUGCAAAGAAAA